UCCUGCCAGGAUGUCAGGAGGAGACAUGGCCAAACCCCUCCUGGGCCAUCGCAGCGUGGAGGGGGACCACAGCAUCGCUCCGGCCGCGGGCCGCACCGUCGGGGUGCUGGGCAGCGGGGAUUUCGCGCGGUCCUUGGCCAUCCGCCUCGUCUGCUCCGGCUUCAAGGUAGUGAUUGGGAGCCGCAAUCCGAAGCGCAAAGCCGGCCUCUUCCCUUCGGCAGCAGAAGUCACCUUCCAGGCCGAGGCGGUGAAGAAGACGGACGUCAUUUUUGUGGCGGUUUUCAGGGAACAUUACUCCACGCUCUGCGACCUGGCUGAUGUGCUGGCUGGGAAGAUACUGGUGGAUGUUAGCAACAACACAGAGGUCAACCACCACAAAGAGUCCAACGCUGAGUACUUGGCUUCCCUCUUCCCUGCCUGCACCGUGGUCAAGGGGUUUAACGUCAUUUCUGCGUGGACGUUGCAGUCAGGUGCCAGGGAUGGAAAUAAGCAGGUUCUGAUUUGCUCCAAUAACCAAGAAGCCAAGCGCAUUGUCGCAGAAAUUGCUCAAGUCAUGGGAUUCACCCCUGUGGACAUGGGCUGCAUGUCAUCAGCCUGUGAGAUUGAGAACAUUCCUCUUCGCCUCUUGCCAGCUUGGAAAAUCCCCAUUUUUUUGGCUUUGGGGCUCUUCCUUUGUUUCUUUACUUACAACCUGGUGAGGCAAGUCAUCCACCCGUACAUCAGGGAGCAGAAGAACAAGUUCUACAAGAUCCCCAUCGAGGUGGUCAACACCACGCUGCCUUGCGUGGCCUAUGUCAUGCUGUCUCUCGUCUACCUGCCCGGGGUCCUGGCAGCCUCCUCGCAGCUCUACUACGGCACCAAGUACAGGCGCUUUCCAGACUGGCUUGACCAGUGGCUCCAGCACAGAAAGCAGAUCGGCCUCCUGAGCUUCUUCUGCGCGGCUCUGCACGCCGUGUACAGCCUGUGCCUGCCCAUGCGCCGCUCGCACCGCUACCUGCUGAUUGAGACGGCCGUCAAGCAGGCUGUGGAGAAGAAGAUGAAUAUCUGGGUAGAGGAGGAAGUCUGGAGGAUGGAGAUCUAUAUCUCCGUGGGAAUAAUCGCCCUGGGCUUGCUGUCGUUACUUGCCAUCACUUCGCUACCGUCCAUCGCAAACUCUCUCAACUGGAGGGAAUUCAGUUUUGUUCAGUCCACCCUGGGGUUUAUCGCCUUGGUGAUCAGCACCCUGCACACGCUGACGUACGGAUGGUCGAGGGCCUUCGACGAGAACCAGUACAAAUUCUACCUGCCUCCCACCUACACCCUCACGCUGCUCGUGCCAUGUACUGUGAUCCUAGCAAAAGUGGUCUUCAGUUUGCCCUGCGUCCACCAAAGACUCCUGCGGAUCAGGAGGGGCUGGGAAAAGGGCAGAUACGUGAAGUUCGUCCUGCCCAGCGCAACAGGGGAGUACUCGAGCGGGGAGACCUCUAGCAACGUGUAGCAAAGCCCCUGUUGUGGCAGAGGAUUUCAAAGCACUAUCGACAUUUCUAUAAAGGUGUUUUCUUUUU